AUGAGAAUCCACCAAAUCUUCUUUAACAUCUUCAUACCCUUGUGCUUGGUAUACUUGAAUAUCAACAUCCAUGUAGUAACAUGCCAAUGUCUUGACCAUGAGCAAUUCUUGUUAGUCCAAUUAAAGAAAAAUCUUGUAUUCAACUCUGCCACUUCCAAAAAAUUGGCUCACUGGAACCAAAGUAGUAAUUGCUGUCAAUGGAGUGGAGUAACAUGUAGCAUGGGCCAUGUAAUUGGUCUUGACUUGAGUGAGGAGUAUAUUUCUGGAGGUCUAAAUAAUUCCAGUCUCUUUAAGCUGGAAUAUUUGCUGAAUCUGAAUCUGGCUUACAAUGAUUUCAACUCUUCCAUUCCUUUGAAGUUUGAAAAGCUCAAGAAUUUGAGGUCUUUGAAUUUGUCAAAGGCUGGAUUUCAUGGACAGAUUCCUGUUCAGAUUUCUCACCUGACAAAUUUGACAGCACUUGACUUGUCUACAUCACUAGCCUCACAACAUUUUUUCAAACUCCAGAGACCAAAUAUCAGCAUGUUCUUGCAGAACCUUACAAAACUCACAGACCUAUAUCUUGAUGGUGUAAGAGUAUCUGCUCGGGGAAAGGAGUGGUGUCAUGCUUUAUCUUCUCUUCAAAAGCUAAAAGUGUUGAGCAUGUCAUCAUGCGAUAUCUUAGGGCCAAUUGAUUCUUCAUUUGCAAUGCUUCAGGGACUCUCAGUCAUUCGACUGAAUCUAAAUAGUAUCUCCAGCCCUGUGCCAGAAUUUUUUGCAAAUUUCUCCAAUUUGAAUGUUUUGGAGCUUAGCAGUUGCAGGUUGAGUGGUAAUUUUCCAGAGGGUAUCUUUCAAAUACAAACUCUAAACGUUCUUGAUAUAUCGACCAACAAGGAUCUUAAUGGAGUUUUGCCAAACUUCCAAGAAGAUGCAGUUCUUCACACCAUGAAUCUUAGUAAUACAAAUUUCUCAGGGAAAUUGCCAGGUUCUAUUUCCAAUCUAAAGCAGUUGUCUAUGUUAGAUCUAUCUAACUGCCAAUUUAUUGAAACACUCCCGAUUUCAAUGUCAGAACUCAGUCAACUUGUUUACUUGGACUUGUCUUAUAACAAGUUUAGCGGUUCACUCCCCUCUUUCAACAUGGCAAAAAAUCUCAGAUAUUUAUCUCUCUUGCACAAUAAUUUGACAGGAACCAUUGCUACUGCUCAUUUUGAGGGACUUGAAAAUCUCCUCAUUAUCAAUUUAGGAGAUAAUUCUCUCAAUGGAAAAUUUCCUGUGUCACUUUUUACUCUUCCAUCUUUGCAAGAACUUACACUUUCUCAUAAUGGAUUUUACGGUCCAUUAGAUGAAUUCUCAAAUGUUUCUUCCUCUAAAUUACAGUUCAUUGAUUUGAGCAGCAACAGCUUGCAGGGCCCUAUUCCUGUAUCUAUCUUUCAUCUUGAAGGACUUCGUUUCCUACAACUUUCUGCGAAUCAAUUCAAUGGCACCAUAGCACUUCAUAUGAUCCAGAGGCUGCAAAGUUUACAUACCUUAGGUCUUUCACACAACAAAUUGUCAAUUGAUAUGACUUUCAUUGAUGAUGAUGAUGAUGGCAUUUCAUCCUUUCCCAGCAUGAAAUAUUUAUUGUUGGGUUCUUGCAAUUUGGGAGAAUUUCCAGGGUUCUUGAGAAACCAUCCCCAAUUGCAUGCUUUAGACCUAUCCAACAAUCGGAUUCAUGGAAUAAUACCUAAUUGGAUUUGGAGAUUUGACACUCUAGUUUAUCUAAAUCUUUCAAACAAUUUUCUGACAACUAUGGAAGGACCCUUUGAUAAUCUGAAUUCCAAUCUAUACAUCCUUGAUCUUCAUUCCAAUCAACUUCUUGGAUCAAUUCCUACUUAUACAAAAUAUGCUGUCCAUUUGGAUUACUCAAACAAUAAAUUCAGCACUGCGCCACUUGACUUGGACAAGUAUAUGCCUUUUGUUUACUUUCUCUCACUUUCAAAUAACAGCUUUGAAGGAAAAAUACCUGAAGCCUUUUGUAAUUUUUCUUAUCUUCGGUUGCUUGAUCUUUCCUACAACAGCUUCAACGACUUCAUUCCCAUGUGUUUGAUGACGAGGAAUAGUACUCUCAGGGUACUAAAUCUUGCAGGAAACAAACUCCAGGGUUCUAUUUCUGAUACCAUUUCAAGUUCAUGUAAUUUAAGGUUCCUUAAUCUCAAUGAAAAUCUCUUGGGUGGUGUUAUCCCAAAUUCUCUAGCCAACUGUCAGAGUCUACAAGUCUUAAAUCUUGGAAACAAUCAUUUUAGUGACAAAUUUCCAUGUUUUUUAAGAAACAUUUCCACCCUAAGAGUGCUAAUUUUGAGGUCAAAUAAUCUCAGUGGUCCCAUUUCAUGCCCACACAGCACUACCAAUUGGGAGAUGGUUCAUAUUGUGGAUUUAGCCAACAAUAACUUCACAGGUAUACUACCUGGAGCGUUAUUGAAAAGCUGGACAAAAAUGGUGGGAAAUCAGACUGAAUCCCAUGAAGAGUACGGGACUUUAUUUUUUGACAUGUUUGAUAAUCAUGACAACAUGCGUUAUAAUAAUUUGUUCUCGGUUAUCAACAAGUUUCUUGUUAUAAAAUUGUACAAAUUGUUGGCAACUGAACCUUAUACUGUGGCUGACCACAUAUUUGCUUAUUAUGUCACUUCUAACCAAUUUGGUGGUCGCUAUUUGGAUUCAGUUACAAUAGUGUACAAAGCAAAUCAAAUGAAGUGGAUCAAAAUUCCCACAACCUUCACUUCCUUGGAUCUCUCCUCCAACCAUUUUCAAGGUCCAAUACCUCUAGAACUUGCUACUUUGAGAGCACUGCAUAUUCUUAACUUGUCACAUAAUGCUUUCUCAAGCUAUAUCCCCUCAUCAAUUGGAAAUUUAGUGAAUCUUGAAGCCAUGGACUUAUCAAAUAACAAUCUGAGGGGAGAAAUCCCUCCUGCGAUUGUGAACUUAAACUUUCUAGCAUGCUUGAAUCUCUCGUAUAAUCAUUUGUUGGGAAAGAUCCCAACAGGUGGUCAAAUGCUCACAUUUGAAGCAAGUUCUUUUAGAGGCAAUGAAGGAUUAUGUGGGCCACCCAUGAAAGCUUGCAGCAAUGGUAGAGGGGGAGAUUCACCUCCAACACCAGUAUAUGAAAUGCAUGGUUCAAUUGAGUUAAACUUCAUAAGUGUGGAGUUGGGAUUUAUUUUUGGCUUGGGAAUAUUUAUCAUUCCCCUUAUGUUCUUGAAGAGGUGGAGGGUUUUGUAUUGGCAUGUAGUGGAUAAUUUCCUUCAAAGGGUUGUCCCUCAGCUUGAUUUUGCCUACGAACACCAUGGAGGCCAAAGGUUCAAAUCUCUCAGGUGGAUGGGGUAG